GUUCAAAUAGCGUACGACAGACGUCGACAACUACGUUCGAUACCAUAGUAAAACGAUCGACGAGCCGGAGCAGCAUUUCAGUUUUAAAAGCAACAAUGAAUAAACGUGUGAUUUCCUCCUUACUCCUGCUACCGUUGUGGUCUAAUUUGGUUUUAGCCCAACGUCCUACCUCAACACUGACACCGCCGUCACUCACCGCCGGACCACAGCAACUUAAACUUCAACUACCUCUUUCAACGGAAAGUAUUAGCAGAAAUUUUUCCAGCAAAAUGCCAGAGAAACGUAUUGCCCCAACCAUUGAUACUGCCGCCGAUUUUGAAUUAAAAUUGCCCGGAUUUUUGAACAAAAACAAAACCUUGGCAUUGCUUUUGGAUUACGAUGGCACUCUCGCCCCCAUUGCUGAUAAUCCCAAGAAAACUGUUAUGCCCAUUGCCACCGAAGUUAUUCUGAAUAAACUGGCCAAACACCCCAAUGUUUUCUUAGCUGUCAUAUCUGGCCGUGGCAUUAAGGAUGUCCAAGGUCGUGUUGGCAUUAACGGCAUUAUGUAUGCCGGUAAUCAUGGCAUUGAAAUUGAAUCGGAAGAUGGCAGCCGUCACGAUUAUCAACUUCCUGCCGAGGUCCAGGAAAAUUAUACCCAUCUGGUUAAGGAGCUGCGGGCCAAUGUUGAAAAGAAUAACGCCUGGGUAGAAGACAAGCGUGUAUCGUUGACAUAUCACUAUCGUGAUACACCCGUCGAAAUCAAGGAAUCACAAAAACAAGUGGCCAUUAAAAUUAUUGAAGCCCACGGUUUCAGAGCCAAUCAAGCUCACGAAGCCAUUGAGGCCAAACCUCCAGUAAAUUGGCACAAGGGUGAGGCUGCCCUGUUCAUUUUGAAACACAAAUUUGGUGAAAAUUGGGCUGAUGAAAUUAAAGUGAUAUUUGCUGGUGACGACACCACCGAUGAAGACGCUAUGAGACUACUCCAAGGCCAAGGCAAAUCGUUCAGAGUAUCAACAGAUCCUGAAAUUCAAACCUUCGCCGAUUUUAGAUUGUCACGUCAGGAUUUGGUCAGUGAUUUAUUGAAAUGGAUUUCCGAUGCCUAUGGUGUCUAA